UUUCGCUAUGUUCUAUUCAAAGUUGCGCUCCAGGGAAUGUAUUCAAACGAGUUGGAUACUUCUCUGGAAUCAUCUUGGUCAUGGAUGCUAAAGUUUCGCGAUGAGAUAUGCUCGUUGGCAUUUAAGCCAGGAAGUGAUGGGAGAAGGUUGCUUGCACUGAAGUUUAUGGAAACAGUUGUUCUACUCUAUACACCUGAUCCUAAUGGCUCCUCAGAUCCACCUGCUGAUCUAGAUUCAGAAGCCAGUGUUAAAGAAUUUAACAUAUCAUGGCUUCGAGGGGGUCAUCCUAUACUAAAUAUUGGAGAUUUGUCAAUUGAAGCAAGUCAGAGUUUGGGUCUGCUGCUCGAUCAGUUGAGAUUUCCAACAGUAAAGUCACUGAACAACUUGAUUAUCAUUAUGCUUAUCAACAGUCUCUCUGCAAUUGCAAGUAAAAGGCCUGCAUUUUAUGGACGUAUUCUGCCAGUUUUACUUGGUUUGGACCCUUCAAGCUCCAGUGGCAAAGGGGUGCAUCAUGCUUUGAAGAGUGCCUUCCUCUCUUGCUUGAAUUGUACUCAUCCGGGUGCUGUCCCGUGGCGUGAUCGCUUAAUUGAUGCUCUGAGAGAAUUAAAAGCUGUAGGAGUGGCAGAACAUGCUGCUAUAGAACUAGCUUCACAAAAUAGUGGAAGUUUAGAGAGGAAAAAUGAUUCUUUAAUAACCCAGGAUCGAAAACCUACAAGCAAGGCCCUUGAUGAUAUACGCAAUGACGCCAGCAGGAAAAGAACAGGAAUGGAAGAAAGUACUGAUCUACUUGAGGAUAAAAUGUCUGUAAAACGCAUGAAAUCUGUGCCUGUCACCUCUGAUGGAUCAACAAAUGAUUUAAGUUCUGACCAGGGCAGAGUUCCUUCUGGUGGAUCUGGGGCUUGUAAAAUGGAAGAAGACAGUGGCCCUGUCCAACAACUUGUUGGUAUGUUUGGUGCAUUGGUUGCUCAAGGAGAAAAAGCUAUUGCAUCAUUAGAGAUUCUCAUCUCUAGUAUAUCAGCUGACUUGCUUGCUGAAGUUGUAAUUGCUAACAUGCGGAAUUUUCCUUCAAAUCUCCCUCAAAUUGAAGGAGAUAAUGAGCAGUUGUUUGGCAGAGGGUCUUGUCCUGGCAUGUCAGGAAGCAAUUCUGAGUUUGAUAAUUUAACAUUGCUUCUCACCAACAUUCUUUCACAAUCUAGUGCUGUCCCACAGAAAGAUAGUGGGAUGGAUUCUCUACCUUCUGCGGCAAAUGAGCUUGAGCUAAGAGGGACCUCGGGUAAUACUGAUGUCCCUGGUAUGAGCUAUGUGAUGGAAGAGGCUUCAGUGCCUACAACUACUCCAGCUUCUUCAGGUGGACAUGCCCCAUGUGACACAGAGAAUGGUUCAGGGACGCCCUCUGAUGUUAUUGAUGUUGGGAAUGAAGAGAGUGAGAUACCUGGUCUAGAUUUACCAGUUCCCAAGGAUGAAUUAGUUAUUACUUCUUUGGGUUCAACUGAAUUGAAGGAUGCAAGUCAAGAACAAGUUAGUAGUCUAGCUAGGUCAUCACUAGAAUUACUUCCUUCAGUGUCAACUGAUAGGUCUGAGGAACUUAGCCCUAGAGCUACAGUUACAGACCUAAGCUGUGUCAACUCCUUAAGUGCAACUUCUUCUGGGUUAUCGACACAGUUGCUUUUGCCCAAGAUUUCUGCCCCGGUUAUAAGUCUUAGUGAUGACCAGCUAGAUAACUUACAGAAGCCGAUUCUCUUGCGCAUAACUGAUACUUACAAGCAAAUAGCUACCGCUGGAGGUUCUCAAGUCUGCCUUUCUGUCCUUGCUUAUUUAGGAGUUAAGUUUCCAUUGGAUUUAGAGCCAUGGAAGUUACUACAAACACAUAUACUGUCUGACUAUGUAAAUCAUGAGGGGCACGAGUUGACUUUGCGUGUCCUCUACAGGUUAUAUGGUGAAGCAGAAGAGGACCACGACUUUGUUUCCUCAACCACUGCUAAAUCUGUAUAUGAGAUGUUUCUUCUUACCGUGGCAGAAACAUUAAAGGAUUCUUUUCCAUGGCCUGACAAAUGUCUAAAUAGAUUGCUUGUUGAAGUUCCUUACCUGCCCGAUUCCAUUUUGAAAUUGCUUGAGGGCAUGUGUUCCCCUGGUGGCAGUAACAAAGAUAACAACAAUCUGGAACGAGUUCGGCAAGGUCUUAGUAUUGUAUGGAGUCUGAUUUUGUUGAGGCCUCCUAUUCGAGAUGCCUGCCUAACAAUUGCUUUGAAGAGUGCAAUUCAUCCGGUUGAAGAAGUGCGAGAUAAGGCCUUACGUCUGGUGGUGAACAAGCUUUAUCCUCUGCCUUCAAUGUCACGGCAAAUAGAAGCUUUUGCCUGGGAGGUGUUGGUAUCAGCUGCAAAUGCCAAUACUGCACUGGAGUCAUGUGAUGCUGAUGGAGCUAAUGCUGAAUUUAAGGAUUCUGAUAUGGGAAAACCAUCAAAUGAACUUCCCGUUGUUGGUACCUCUUCCAAAGGGUUAUCAGCAGUCACCGAUUCAUUUUCAAUAUCUGAAAAUAUAUCGUCCUCCUUACUAGCUGAGGGGCAGCGACGCAUGGCUCUGUAUUUUGCAAUUUGUACAAAGAAUCACUCCCUCUUUCGCCAAAUAUUUGUUAUUUAUGAGAGUACAUCCAAGGCUGUAAAGCAGGCAGUAUUACACCACAUCCCAAAGCUUGUUCGAGCAAUUGGCCCGUCGCCUGAGCUUCUUCAAAUCUUAUCUGAUCCACCAACUGGAAGCAUGAAGCUUGUGAUGCAGGUUUUACACACAUUGAUAGAUGGGACAACGCCUUCCCCGGAAUUGUUAUCUACCAUUAAGAAGUUGUAUGAUACUAAAGUAAAGGAUGUAGAGAUUCUAAUUCUCAUACUGCCAUUUUUGCCAAAAGAUGAGGUUUUGGCAAUGUUUCCACAUCUCGUGAAUUCCCCAGUGCAGUCGCCAACUGUCGCGCCCCACUUUUUGAAUGUGUGUGGUGUGUGA